UAAGUUCUACAGAAGUCUUUUUCAACAAGGUCAACUUCUAAGAAAAUGCUGUUUCAGAAAAUAAAAUCUGAAACUUAUUAAUUAGAGACAAUGCUUCCAUCGAGAUAUUUGUCUGUUUUGGAUUAUGUGAUGUCAUAUAAAUCCAUCAUGGCUGAAAUCUACCAACUACAUACUUGAAUUCCAGACUUUAAAAUCUUCUUGAGCCAUCCAGGCCAAAUGUUCAACCAAACUUUCAGGACAAAGGAUGACCGAAUUCAAAUAUUGAAACUCCAUUAUCAUCGAGGUUUGCUGCAGUCAAGCUGGAGUCUACCAUAUCAUCGAGUAUCACUGGAAUCGGUACCUAGCAGGAUGUUGAGAAACCAACUUUUUGCCCCAGCAGGUAGACAAAACUGUUAGGCAUAGGCAAUCUACGGUGGGUUUUUCAGCAGUAUGUUAGCCCUUUUAACUGAAUGUAGGCGCUGCUUAUGCUCCUAGUUGAUGCCACUAUUCCUACUUCACCAACAAACUCAUUGAUAGCCUCAACACCUUUGCUGGCCAAGGCUGGGCUGCCACAGGGGAACUAUUCUCUGAAUGUCAUUGAAUUCUCACCAUAGAUCAUGCGAACCAGCUCUGGGGUCACUUCUAACAAACAUCAGAAUACUCUCCAGACAUCCCAAACACUUUUCAUAACUUCAGAAUCCAUCGCAAAGCAUUCACCAGCUCCAUCAUCAUUCUGGGAUUUAUAAUAACUACCUACAACUGUGGCCUUAGCUUUCCAAUCAAAGUCCUAAACCAGCCGUCCCUGUUUUACUCUUUUAACAUCUGAUGGGAGAUGUAGGGGAGGUACUGGCAUCAGAGGUGCCAUCUAAUCCCCACCAUCAUUCCCACUAGAGAUCUUGCUUACUUUGACAGUCAGACCACCUAUUGAUUAUCUUUGUUUCCAAGAAGUUUUAUUUAUCAAUAAUCAAACUAUUCAGAUCAUCCAGGCAAGCCCUCACUGCCUCCUCUUUAGCUUAUUCAUGUCAAAAAAUCUGAUGAGCUCCUUAGCAUUAACAUGAUGGACAUCAGCUGUCUAAUUUCCUUUAAAGGCCCUCUUAAUUUCUUGAGCAAAUCGAAUGCUGUGCCCCUUCCAAUAAUUCUACUAUCUCUCACCUAGAUUUCUCUAGGUAAAAAAAUAUUUCUGAUGUCUGAAUCAGAUACCAUACAUCUGAAUGAAUUUGCUUGAUGAUUGUUACUCUGGGCCCAUCAGCCUAUAUGCAUUUAAACCUAAUUUUUUUUAACAUUUGGAGUCAUUCUGAGUCUAGAGUUCACUACAACAAAUGGAGGAUUGAAAAGAAAACUCUGACCUGGAAAGAGAGAGGAUGGAAAGAGUUGAAUGACUUCUAGAAAGAUCCAGUGCCACCAAGUAUUCUGGAGGCUUAAGUUUGAGUGUUCAUAUGCAAUUCAAAAGAGUUUCCUUUCAAGUCAAGCUCAUGGAAAUGGCAUGGAACCUGGGGGAGGAAUAGUUGGAGUUCCAUUGGCACAAACAGGUGAGGGGAUUGCAGAAUGUGAGCUCCUCAAAUGGUUUGUGCAAGAGGGAGACAGAGUGGAUGAGUUCCAACCACUCUGUGAAGUCCAAAGUGAUAAAGCAACUAUUGAAAUUACGAGUCGAUACCAGGGGAAAGUGUCACGAGUGAAAUUCACUCCUGGAGAUAUUGUAAAGGUUGGAGAAACUUUGGUAGAUUUAAUUGUAGAUGAAAAGCAUGAGACUGUAGUAAGUUUGGGACACAUACAGGGGCCCUCCACAGAGUCUCAGGAAUCUGGUUUACAUUGUAGAGAGUCUCCAAAUAGCAUAGAAAAUAGGGAAAAAGUAUUGGCUACUCCUGCAGUUCGUCAGAUGGCAAAGGAAUAUGGCAUUAAUUUAGAGGAUAUUCCUGGUACUGGUAAAGAUGGCAGGGUGUUGAAAGAGGAUGUCUUGAAAUACGUAACGAAGCAGGAGAGCGUUUGGAACAAUUUUUCUCAUAUUUCUCACCCUUCGCAAACCUCAGAGGCCAAGGUUAUGAAUUUAAAACCAGCAGAUGAGUCAUCUAAUCAACAUAUAACAGCUCAUCAAGUUUAUGAAGACAAGACUAUUCUCCUCAGGGGAUUUCAGCGUACUAUGGUCAAAACUAUGAACAUGGCAGCAAAAGUGCCUCACUUCCAUUAUCUGGAAGAGAUUAACGUUGACUCCCUUGUUGAGUUAAAGAAAUCUUUUCAAGGUGCAACAGCUGACCAAGGUGUGAAGCAUACAUACAUGCCAUUUUUGAUAAAGUCUCUAUCAUUUGCUCUGAUGGAUCAUCCUUCAAUGAACAGUAUUUAUAAUGAAGAAGCAUAUGAACUCGUUUAUAAAGGUUCGCAUAAUAUAGGAGUUGCCAUGGCAACGCCCCAUGGUUUGGUUGUCCCUAACAUCAAGAAUGUUCAAUCACUUUCCAUAUUAGAGAUUACAAAGGAACUUCAACGCCUUAUUCAAGGAGCCUCAAACAACAGGCUGUCUUCAGAUGACGUUUCUGGAGGAACAAUAACAGUUAGCAACUUUGGGGCCAUUGGUGGUAAAUUUGGGUCUCCUCUUUUAAACUUGCCUGAGGUUUCUAUAAUAGCAAUUGGCAGAAUCCAAAAGCUUCCUCGGUUUUCAAAAGAUGGGACAGUUUAUCCUGCUUCACUUAUGAAUGUUAUAGUUGGCGCUGAUCACAGAGUCAUAGAUGGUGCAGCUGUAGCAAAAUUUUGUAACAAGUGGAAGCUUCUGAUUGAAAAUCCAGAGCAUCUUCUGCUUCAUUUAAGAUGAGGAGUUAUCUUCAAGUUGAUAAGACGUUUUUGCCUGAGACCCUUCAAGGAUAUCAAUGUUAGAUUAUCUUGAGCACCUCUAUAUCUUCAGGAUUACUUUGGCUGCCCAAUUCUAUCACUGGCAGCAAAGGAUAUUCAUACACUUUAUUUUCUAUAUAUUAGAAAUUAGAAUGAAUUCAACAGACUACUUCAGAAAAGGCAUCUGUAAGCAGGGCAAGCAGGAAUCAGCAUUGCUUUAAGCAAAUGAUAGGAGUAAUGUCUGUAAAAUGUAUUUACAGGUAUUUUAAACAGUAAGAAUCAUGAUAUUUUUUGUAAGGAUCAUUUUAGGAGGAUAAAUAAAAUGCCUGUUUAUGUCUCAGAUGGACAUUAAGUUGAGAACUCCAUUUUCCUUUUAGCUUCUAUUGUUCUCUGCAUAGACUUAUUAUGAAGUGUCGAGUGUGAUGCUGUUCUCUCAUCGGCCUCCCUUUCUGAAGUCAGUAGCAUUGGUAUUACUAUUUAACUAUAUAUAGAUAAUUCAAUAAGUCUGUAGACUGCGGUUGCAAUAUAUUUUCAUAUUACAUUUCAUGUAUAUGUUCUGUAUGAGAUGGCUGCAGAGCAUAAUUUUAGUGUA